GACGGCACGAGGCGCUUCUCCAGUCGCUGUAGUAACGUCCGUGGAGCUGGCACACGGAGCUGCUGCUCUCCAAGACAGAAGCAACAAACCCGACGCCGCUCAGUUUACACGCGUGGAUUUACAUUUCCAGCAGCCGCGGGUCGUUUUGAGCGGAGUGGGACGCUGUGAGCUCCCCGAGUGGAGAGAAAUAAGUUUUUUUACUGUUUGUUUUUGGAGCGAAUACAAUGGAGAGUUUGUGUUUUUGACCUGGAAGGAAGAGAUGUAAUUGUCGGUGCCGGGGGGUUGGUUUUUCUGGAGCUUUUGUCGGAGAGAGACACCGGAGAAGAGGCGGCUCGGUGUCCGGCUGACCUCCUGGAAAAUAACACGGCGGCUAAUGACGCUGGGAGCCUUCUACGUGGCGCAUUAAGCCCUCCAGCUCUCUGCAACACCGUUUUACGCACGCUUCCGUCUGUAAACUGAAGUUCACAGCUUAUGUUGGCCUCCAAAUAUUUUCUUACAUAGAACUAGUUGCAAACAACUUUAAUCGCCCUGUCUCUGUCAGAACCGGACGUUAUGGGGAUUACUGGACUUCUCCGGCGCUCCUGAUGCCUCGAACCGGCCCGAUCCCGCACCUCCUGCCCGAAAUGCCUGCCCUCUAACCCCCCGCCCCGCACCGCUGUGGCGCCGUGUCCCGGUCCUGCCGCCAGGAUGAGCAGCACCGACCUGGAGCGCAUGUCGCUCAGCUCCUCGGCCAACUCGGUGGCUUCCAGCGCCCGCACGCUGUCGGCCAACGUGCGGAAGCUGCACAACGCGCUCAACCUCCUGCUCAGCGACUUCGAGAGGGAGCAGUUCAUCCACUGCCUCAACGUGUACCACUCCAAGCGCAACGUGUACGACCUGGUGCAGACCCUCAACGUGAUCCUCAACGCGCCCAGCAAGCGGCAGCUGCUGCCCAUGCUGCGGCUGGUCAUCCCCCGCUCCGACCAGCUCCUCUUCGAGCAGUACACCUCCGAGGGGCUUUACCUAAAGUCGGAUUUAGUCGCAAACAACGGCCACGCCGACCCCCCGCCGGGAGACUUCCCCGGCGCCAGCCCGACGCCCCCCGGGAACCUGUCGCCCAACAACCCCGCGGAGUUGCAGGUGGCGCUGCGCGGCUCCCCGGACAGUUUCAGCACCAGCAGCGACGGGACAGCUCCGCUGGUGCCGCUGCUCGGCAGGAACUUCAUCCAUGAGCCGCCCGGGGAGCCGCGCCAGGUCACCAUGAAGCGCCACAAGAGCAACGAGGGCCUGGGCUUCAGCAUCCGCGGCGGCUCGGAGCACGGAGUCGGGAUCUACGUGUCCCUGGUGGAGCCCGGGAGCCUGGCGGAGAAACAGGGGCUCCGGAUCGGGGAUCAGAUCAUGAAAGUCAACGACAAAGUCUUCGACAAAGUCACCCACGCCGAAGCGGUGAAGGUGCUGAAGGGCAGCAAGAAGCUGAGUCUUUCAGUGCGUUCGGUGGGGCGGAUUCCCGGCGGCUACGUCACCAACCACGUUUAUACCUGGGUGGAUCCUCAGGGCCGGAGCGUGUCUCCUCCUCCCGAUCUGCUGGAGCAUCGGAGCGCCACGCUCAGGAGAACCGACAGCCAGCGGCGCAGCAACAUGCAGCUCCUGCAGGAGGGAGACGAAAAGAAGGUGAACUUGGUUCUGGAUGACGGACGGUCUCUGGGUCUGAUGAUCAGAGGGGGAGCCGAAUACGCUCUGGGGAUUUACAUCACCGGAGUGGACAAAGGAUCAGCGGCAGAGUGCGGAGGACUCAAGGUCGGCGACCAGAUCCUGGAGGUGAACGGCCACAGCUUCCUGAGCAUCCCGCACGACGAGGCCGUGCGCGUCCUCAAGUCCUCGCGCCACCUCAUGAUGACGGUGAAGGACGUCGGGCGCCUGCCGCACGCCAGGACGGUGGUGGGCGAGACCAAGUGGAUCGCCAGCUCGCAGAUCGCGGAGAGCUCGGCCAACAGCAGCGUGGCGAGCUUCUCUGUGGACCAAGGAGCAUCUGCAGCAGGAAAGCCCGGGUUUUAUAAGGGGGUGGCCGGCUCGCAGGUGACCCUGUCCAGUCUGGUCAACCAAUCCCGUGCCAUGCUGGAGGAGCAGGCGCGGCAGCUGCUCACCGAGGCCGAGCGUCAGACCAUGAGCUACUACGUGGAGGAGUACCGGGACGGACACAUCGGCAUAGAGCAGCUGGUCAUGGCGCUGUUCGAGCUGCUCAACACGCAUGCGAAGUUCUCCCUUCUGUCGGAAGUGCGAGGCUUGGUCACCCCGCAGGACCUGGAGCGCUUCGACGGGCUGGUGCUGCGGCGGGAGAUCCAGGCCCUCAAGGCAAGACAGGGGACAGCGGGGGCCACAAACGUGCAGCCGGACUGCCUGUCCAUGGUGUCGUAUCCGGACACGCUGACGUCGUCGUCGGCCAGUUUCAUGACCAACACAACGCUCAGCUCUGCAAGGGAGAGGCUGCUGUGGCUGAUAGACAUGAUGGAGAACGACAGCGUGGCGGAGAGCAACGAGGUGGAUCCUCCGGAGAGCCUGAACACGCUGCUGACCGACGUCUCUCUGGAUGACGUUCAGUCCGCCACAGGGGAGCCGCCCCCUUCCUUCAAGCCUCCGCCCCCUCCAGGGGUGCAGAGGCGUCCAGGUAGACGAGAAGUUCUCAUCAAGCGUCCCUCGUCCGAGUCCUCCCACUCGGGGUUGUACUUCACAGCGCCGAGCUCUCACGGCCACGGCAAGGAGCCGGCGAACACGACCGCCUCAUCUUCGCUGCGCCACAAGUGGGACCCUUCCCCGGACUACGCCGCCGUCAAAAAGAAAAACCCGUCAUCGCAGCCCAAGAAGGAGAAAAUAACCUCCGCUCAGCUGGCCACCGUCUCCCAGCAUAACAUUGGCCCCUUCCCCAGGGUGCAGUCCCCCAGCAGAGGCCCCAAACCUGCUGCCCCUUCCCCUUCUCCCCCGCCGCCGCCUCCGCUUCCCGCCCCUCCACCGCCUCCCUCUCUCCCCUCUAAGCCGGUCUCCCUAUCCAGAGCCUGCCUAGGCCCGUCUCCUGCCUCCAAACAGCGGUUUGUCACAGUGGAGGUCCACCGGCCCAACGCAGAACCCGACGUCAACGAGGUGCGGCCGCUGCCCCAAGCUCGAGGCGGCGCCCUGUCUCAGCUGUCUGACAGCGGACAAACCCUCAGCGAGGACAGCGGUGUGGACAUAGCUGAGUCGGGACACGUCAGCAAAGACAGUAGCCCCCAUUCCUCAGGCACACGCCUCCCCCGCGAGACCCAGGAUGGAGGAGGAGGAGCAGGAGGAGGAGGAGGUGACAACACCUCCAAACCGCCGGGCCUUCUGGAGCCCACCUCCACGCUAGUGAGGGUGCCAAAGAGUGCCAGCACCCUCGGUAUCGCCAUCGAGGGCGGAGCGAACACUCGCCAGCCGCUGCCGCGGAUCGUCACAAUCCAGAGGGGCGGCUCGGCCCAUAACUGCGGCCAGCUGAAGGUGGGUCAGAUCAUCCUGGAGGUAAACGGGGUUUCCCUGAGGGGCCGAGAGCACAGGGACGCCGCUCGCCUCAUCGCCGAGGCCUUCAAGACCAAAGAGAGGGACCACGUGGACUUCCUGGUGACUGAGUUUAACGUGGCCCUAUAGCUGUGAGCAGGAGGAGAGAGGACGAUGAUGUCGGCACCCAGAGAGAGAAUGACUGAACAACAUUUAACCUUCUUGCUGAUUCGAUGGCACAAAUCGAAAAGAACCACCGACUGAUCUCUGAGCCCUUGUUCUCUUUUGUAAUCGAACCCUUAAAGGCAUUAUUUCCUCAACGUGUUACCUCCAACUGUGAGACCUGAUGCACUAACGGUGGAAAAUAGGGAAUCUUUACCUUUUGGUUUCUUCUCACUGUUAAAAUCUACAGACCUGCAGCUGUUUGAACCUCUCCUCGCUCUGUCCCAUGUUACGUUUAUGUUACAUUUAUUUCUGCUUCUGUCUGAGAGUGAACUGUACGGCUGAAACUGACUGACGCUUGAAUUUGCAGGCUCAGGGUUUGUACUGUAUGUAAAAAUGGACAUAUGUAGAUACAGAUGGAUAUAAGCUGCACUCAUAAAUGCUCCUAUAUAAAUAAAAAAGAAACAUG